AUGGCAGCUUACUGCCCUGCUGGAUGCUAUUGCGCAGGACAAGGAAGCGAAUGCCCCCUGUUCACGGGGAAUUUUAACAACUGGUGUGGCGCCUCUUGCAGCUGUCCACAGGGACAUUACUGCGAGUUCAACGACUUUCCAAGACCCUGCACACUUGGUUACUAUACUGAGUGCCCCACGGUAAGAUUGAACUUCGACGAAAAAUACUCAUACGGAAAAAAGGUUAGCGGAACACCAGGCGCCAAGUCAAUGGAAGACUGUCUCCCGUGUCCAGCCGGAACAGCUGUGAAUCUGGCAACCCCUGGAUACGCAGGGCCGGAAAAUUGCGCAGACUGUCAGCCCGGCAGCUAUAGGAAAAUGGACGGAAACUAUAUUUAUGAUGCGGGAAACACCUUUUGCUUUAUAUGCUAA